UAUGUAUUUUGGGGAUUUUAGACAGCAGCGUGUGAACGGGACUUUUAUUUUGGUCUGGUGAUGUGACGUCACGACUCUGCACCGCAUUCCUGCAUCUGUUGUGAUUCGCCUGUAAAAAGAAAAACUCCUGGAGAAGCAGCUGAGAUCCUCACGACAAACUAUUAUAAAGAUGGCGUUUAUUAAAGAGGAGAGUGAAGAUAUAGAGAUUGAAGAAGCAUUCAGCGUAAAACAUGAAGAUACUGAGCAACAAACAGACCUGAUGGUGCUGAAAGAGGAGAGUCAAGAACUGAAAAACAUGGAAGAAAAAGAUGAGAAACAUGAUUUCAUGAUCAGAGAAAAAACAUCCACACAGACUGAAAUGACUUCCUCACAAAAAAGAGAUCAGAACAGUUCUAACAGUUAUUUCACCUGCAGUCAGUGUGGAAAGAGUUUCAGUCAAAAACAAAAACUCAGUGUCCACAUGAGAGUUCACACUGGAGAAAAGCCUUUCACAUGCCAACAGUGUGGAAAGAGUUUCACUCAAACACAAAGCCUUAAAGUCCAUAUGAGCAUUCACGCUGGAGAGAGACAUUUCACCUGCAAACAAUGUGGAAAAAGUUUCAAUCGAAAAGGAAACCUUAAUGUCCACAUGAGAAUUCACAAUGGAGAGAGCCCAUUCACCUGCCAACAGUGUGGAAGCAGUUUCAGUCAAAAAGGAAACCUUAAUGUCCACAUGAGAAUUCACACUGGAGAAAAACCUUAUACUUGCUCUCAUUGUGGACAGAGUUUUACUCAUAAAAACACCCUUAGUUCCCACAUGACAAUUCACUCUGGAGGAAAGCUGUUUGUAUGUGAUCAGUGUGGAAAGCACUUCAAAACAGAAAAAAGCCUUAGAGUUCAUAUAAAGAUUCACAAUGGAGAGAAACCAGUCACAUGUGAUCAGUGUGGAAAGAGUUUUACAAAUAAAGGAAACCUUAAUGUCCACAUGAGACUUCACACUGGAGAAAAGCCUUAUACUUGCUCUCAUUGUGGGCAGAGUUUUACACACAAAAAAUCACUUAAUACACACAUUAAAAUUUCACACUGGAGAAAAGUGUUUGUAUGUGAUCUGUGUGGAAAGCGUUUCUCAACAGAAAUGGGCCUUGGAUAUCAUAUGAACAUUCACACUGGAGGGAUAUCAUUCACAUGUGAUCAAGUGUGGAAAGAGUUUCACACAUAAAUUUCCACAUGAGGAUUCACUCAGGAGAGAGCAGUGUUCUAUAUCGUUAGUGUGGAAAGAGAUUCACACAAAGGAAACCUUAAAACUCACAUGAGACUUCACACUGGAGAGAAGCCUUUUAUGUGUCUUCGGUGUGAGAAGAGGUUUACGCAUCAAAGAGACUUGAAACACCAUUUGCAAACUCACUCUGGAAAGAAAUUCCAAUGUUCUGCAUGUAGUAAGAGGUUUACGGAAAAAAGGUGAUUUCAAAAAUCACCGGUGCCUUUACUCUGGAUGAAGGCAGUUUCAUUGUGAUCGGUGUGAUUAAAAAAUGCAUUUUGCCAUCACACUUACAGAUAUACCUGAAAAGAUGUGAGACCAUAUUUUGUUCUUUGUGUGGAAAGAGUUAUAAGUGGUUUGGCAAUGCAAAAUUGCAGAAUUUAUGUGAAAUUAAGGCUACAUUCACAAUGCUGCUGAAUGUCGACCAAAUCUGACUGUCCACCUUCAUGACAACUUCUUUAUUGUCACGUGUAUGUUCUGUUUUGAUUCAGUUUUCAUUGUGUUUUGUUUCUGUUUGCUGUUAGUUGGUUAAUUAGUUAACCAACUAACUCCCCUGUUCUCCUGUUUGCUUCUGUGGUUACAGAUUAGAGUCCUCAAUUUAGGUCAGUCUAGUUAGUUUUUCCCCUUGUUUGUUCUGCUAAGCCCUCUGUUUCAGUUUGUUCCUUGUUUUGCAUUGUUGACCGUCGAUGUUUAUAUGGUUGUCAUUUCUCCUAGUUCAUUGUAAUGACCUACCCGUGACAGAAUGCAAGACCAAAAACAAAGCAGCACUUUAACCUUGCCCAAAGGAGAAGGCUGAGGAAGAAGACAUUUUUUCUGUCCUGUCCAGUUUCGACCACAGGGACCAGGGUCUAAAUGAAGUUCCGGGUAAAAAUUUCCUCCCUCAGAAAGUCCCUGCUCGUGGGGUAGCACUUUUUCAAAGUUCCGAAACUUUCGGGGGUGGGACUUGGGCGCUGAACAUGCUGAUUGGUUGAGUUCACGGAGCAUUUUGAUUGGUUGACUCCAUGCAGCAUUUUAUUUCAACCACAUUUUUGAAAAGUCUGUUGCGGUGCAUAUAGUAAGAGUUGUUUGCUAUUCGAUUCAACAAGAGAGUUUAAAAAAAAUUGACAGAGGGACCGACAAUGAGGUUCAGACUUUAUUAAGUUUGUAUGCAGAGGACGAAAUCCAACUGGAACUGUAAAGUCGCAUGCAGUCCUUCGUCACCGGACUUAAUCUUCACGGUACUUUAGACCGCAAUGGAAAUGCAAACAGCAACAGGUUUGGGGGGAAAAAGUUCCUGGGAAAAGUGGGGAAAAGUGGCUUAUGGCUGCAUCCAAAAACUUAAAAGGUAGGAAGGCAUCAAGGCUGAUCCGAAUACAAUGUUACUUCCACUUUCUGUCUCAUGAGAUGCCUUCAUCUGAUCAAUUUUUGAAGGCAGGAUAGAUGUAUCUUUUGCAACCUUUGACAGCCUACAUUCCUAUGCAUUUCAUCCAUGACAAGUGGGCUAGAAAAAGAAAGCUGGCAUCUGAAAGUUGCAGUUUCUGGUCAGUUUGUGUGAAAAUACUUUGUUUUUGACAGACGUUUUCCACUUCUGAUGCCAUUUCAAGAAGUUACUACUGUAGUAAUUACAUAUUUGUUUAGUUCUCACCAAAAGCUUGCUCUGUUUUGCUGUAGAUCAUUAAACUCUUACGCUGCCUCAGAAGUCUGUCCGAAAUCAGUUCUGUGAGGUGCCUGCCUAUAAGGCAGCAAGGUAACAAGUCAGCUGCCUAAGUUUUCGGAUGCAGCCUAUAUCACCCUAUUCAUCUUAGUCAGUGGCCUCCACCACUCCUACAUGUAGUGCAGAAACCCCAGUCAGCACAGUCAACGUCUAGUCUCUUCAUUGUAUUUCCUUGCAAAGACUCUCCAGACUCCUACAUUAUUCUAGUGGAUUGUUUACCUGCAUGCGUUCAUCUCCUUUAAGUUUCCUCAUCUCUCUGUCUAAGCCUCUUCCUCAAAUUCUUCAUCAUCUGCCCAGACUCUCUUACUCUGUGCAAGAUCACAGCGGAGUUACUUCCAGUUAAGUAUCAUCUACACUUUCUGUUGUAUUCCACCAGUACCUGUUGAGUUUUGUGCACUAUUGCCUUUAAUAAACACCUGUUAAGUUCA